AGCGCUUUACAGAUCCGGAGGCGCCGGCCAACUCCAGCUACCCUGGUUCUGAGCAGCGACCAGUCGUCCCCAGAAAUCGACGAGGACCGGCUCCCCAACCCAUUGCUGAAGCCGGGUCUGUCCAUGUCACCCAGACAAAGGAAGAAGGUCCCCCGCACGACCCCCGCCAUGAAAGAGCUCCAGAUGAUGGUGGAGCACCACCUGUGCAAGCAGCAGGCGGAGGAGGAGGAUGCCAGCAUGGGGAGCCAGGAGCCACACAGCCCUGGGUGCUGCCACCACGGUAACACAGACCCCAGCCACAGCCCCAGGGGAACCUGCCCCCUUGCCCAGGCCAAGACCAGGCUGGAGUCUCAGGAGGGUAACCAUGCUGGACCAGACGGGAGUGAUUGACAUCAUGAGGGUGAAUGUGGACAAGGUUUUGGAACGAGAUCCAAUGCUGUCAGAGUUGGAUGAUGCACUGCGGGCGGAAUUUGAGACCAAUGCUACCAAGCUGAAAAAAAAGUAUUGGUGGAAGAACUGUAAGAUAUGGGCAGUGUUGAUAGCAUUUGUUCGCAUCAUCAUCAUCAUCACCAUCACUGUCUGGAGUGUAUCCUCAUGAGUUACAAGAAGAAAUGCAAACCAGUGGAAGCCAUCUCUCUCCUUCAAACCUGCUGUAUUCUCAAGCUCUCACCUACUGAUAUAUAAAGCAAAAUUAUUUCGAUUCGUCAUGUGAUAACUUUCUCUCAUUUAUAGGAAAUGUGCCUUUAUUUAAAAGUUACACUCCUAAUUUUAAAAUACUAAUAAGCACAGGCCACACCUUGCACAGUGCCUUGGUAAUCUUGAGUAUGAGCUGGUGAAGAGGAUUUCAUGUUUGCAUUUCAGAAUCUAGAAGCAAUGUAUUGUUGCCAGUGACGACAGCAUUCUAGAUCAAUUUGAAGAGUAUGUUUGGGUAUCUGUCCUCUUCGCUGUCUCCUUCAUGCCCCAAUUUAAAGAUGUCUCUUCUGACACACUACUAAAGGAAUGGGAACCAAAUCUUAAAUUUGUGCCUUCUUGGAAGAAACUCUGAAUACGUCUGCCAUUUGAACAGACUUUGCCUGCCUUGCCUUACUCCAUUAAUGCCUUCUGACUAGUUGUGGAAGAACCUGCCACCCUUGUAAACACUACUUGUCAUUCACUGCUGUUUUAUCAAUAUGCAGUUAAAUUCUAUUAUUGAAGUUCUAAAUAUUGGAGCACUGAACCGUUAGUGUUGCCUUGUGGUAUUUCUGAUUAAACACAUCUCUAUAAGGUGUUUACAUUUUCUUCAAAAGACAGUCUGUCACUUUUUGGUGUCAGUUUAAUCUGAAAGAGUAUCUUUAAAAAUGUUUAGUGUUUGUAAUGUAGACACUUACCAAAGUUGGUUUUGUUUGGGGGUUUUG